AUGUUACAGAUUCCAGCAAGCAAAGAGUGGAGAUAUCGGAUGCGUGUUGCUGUGCCGCGCUGUAUAUACCUUGCCCUCCUAUGCAUACAUACGUGUCGUCAUCGCAACGAACGAAAAAAACAGAAUGCCUGCAAACUACAGUCGGUCCUUAUUCAACAAGUGCUGCAAUGCCAUGUGUACGAGUUUGCCUCGUCAACGCCACGCUUUGGGGUGUUGCGUGCGUGCGUGUGCGUGUUGGUAUGCACCCAUGCAUCCGACCUUACAUGGACGCUGUCCAAAGCAAAGUGUUGUGAUGCGCAAGGAUCCUGCAACUAA